UUCCAGUUUCCCCUUCCCUCUCUCAGACCACACCCAGGCCUAGCUAAAUUCUUCCUUGAGAAGUUGCUAUUUACUAAGAAGCUAUUUUUUUGUCACUUAAUUCAAACGGUCAAAAAUAAAUCACAGUGAGUCUGUCCUGAUCCGAAUAACAGGUGUCGGCAGUGGGUGUGGUUACUUGGUUUGAGGUUAGAUGGUACCGGUUCGACCAGCAGUAAGUGUUGGGAUAGUAUACAGAGCAUAUGUCAUCCAUUGAACGCCACCUGUUGUAUCCAGUUUGAAAUUCUUCUCAACCCCAGAGCCGUAAGAAUGAGCAGGCCCCAGAUGUUCCCGUCUCCAUCUACCAUCCUGUGUCUGUCCCUGCUCCUCCCAGCACUCCACUGUAACAACAACCUGCUGUGUUACUACAGCCCCAUCAUGUACCGGAACAAGACCUUUGACCUCAUCCUGACAGAGUGCCCUCCCGCGGAACUCUGCAUGACGGGCAACGGUCGCUAUGGAAACCACAGCGCCCUGUCCACCCGGGGGUGCAUGGCGUCGACGGGCUGCGGUCAGAUACACCCUCUCCGACUGAAAGGAACUGUUUACACCAUGACGUAUGCGUGCUGUGGCUAUAACUACUGUAACGCAGGACACCGUGUUGCGGUUAAUUCGGUCCCCCUCGCGGUGGCGAUGACUAUGCUGUUAUUAACGUUUUUUAGAUAGGUGCUGGUUCUUAUAGAGGACGUGAGGAAUACGAGGGAUUUGUUGGUUGAAUAGUUUACUGCUGCAUACUCAGUCUAACCAAACACUGCUGCAUACUCAGUCUAACCAAACACUGCUGCAUACUCAGUCUAACCAAACACUGCUGCAUACUCAGUCUAACCAAACACUGCUGCAUACUCAGUCUAACCAAACACUGCUGCAUACUCAGUCUAACCAAACACUGCUGCAUACUCAGUCUAACCAAACGGAGGCGUGCACCAACCUGGAGAACCAUAGGAGCUUUUCUUAAACCAAAUACAAUGGAAGAUUAUGCAUUAGGCUCCUUUUUUUUUUAUACGGAGAAAUUAAUAUUUUUAUGAUUGUGAAAUAAAUGUUUUAUACACUAACUGGA